CCUCUUACAAACUACACACACAGAAGAAAACUGCCCUCAGCUCGGCGCUGGCGGCUCGAGAGUUCCGUCGUGCCGACGCUUCCUUGGCGUGCCCUUUCGCCGGCGCCGCGCAGGGCCCGCGGUCGGCAAGCCCUCGAUGGCCCGCUGCAGCGCGUCGACCUUCUCGACGGGAGCGAGGCGCGCGACGGCGUCGGCGUCCGCGCCGGACGUGUCGGCGAGCGUCUGCGCGACGAGCCAGUACUCGGCCAGCGCCUCCUUGCGCGUCGGCGGCGGCACCACCUUCUCGCGCGGCUUGCGCGGCUUGGCGUUGUUGUUGAACUUGACGCACCGGCCGCAGAGGAGGAGCCCGUUGGCGUCCGGCGCCGUCGACGCCGCGAGAGGCCCGUCGCACGCCAUGCACGUCUGCGCCGCGAAGGGCUGUGUGCGCUGCCGCUUCGCAUCGCGCGGCGCCGCAGCGGAGGACUUUUCUCCUCGCUGGUAGCGCGGCGCCUCGGCCAUCGAUUUGUUCGGCCGUCGCCGCGAGUGCACAGGGUGCCAAUGCGAAGCGAAACUGCUGGUGGUGUGCUGCGCAGCGAGUUGUCAGCAACGAGCAAGCAGCAAUCUCUUACGCUACAAUGGCACUGCAAAACUGGCAGUCUAAGUGCUUUCAGCUCGUGGCUCGGCUUAGCCUGCUCCCUUAGCUAG